GUUCUGUCGGCCGACCAGUCUGCCAACAGCAACACGCUCACACGGCACGGUCCCGCAUCGAAUGGAAGGCGCGAACGCGAACAGUUUCUGAACGUCAGCGCAUGACGCAUGUCUUAUCGGUGACCACGGAGCGCCACCGUCUCGUUCCCUUCGACAGUUGCGAGUUUCGCGCUCAUGGAAGAAGAGUUGUGUCUGUUUGAUUAUCGGUUUUAGUAAUAAUAGUGAAAGUGAGCACAUUUUAACUGUUAUAUUUAAGCAAUUUAUGUGAUUAUUAUUUUGACUUUGUGUAUAUAAACAAGGAUUGCAAAUGGACACGAUAAGAGUGGCAGCCAACAAUUCAACGUCACCACUCACCAGUCAAAUGGUGACACAGCUGUUCCGAAGCGCCCCGCGAGAAGCGAAACUGAGACCGCUCGUGGACCCCUUGGUGUUGCCCAGUCCCGGCUGCGACGUGAACAAUGGCUCGGCCUCAUCCUCCCCCUCUGCAACCUCGCCCACCGGCUCCUCGGAUAAAACCGAUAACCACGACACCUUCGGCUUCUAUUCCGAAGCCCCCGACAUGCGACGCGAAGAGGAGAGGCUCAAGACGUUCGACAAGUGGCCCGUGGACUUUCUUUCGCCCGAGCAGCUAGCGCGCAACGGCUUCUACUACCUCGGCCGCGGCGACGAGGUCCGCUGCGCCUUUUGUAAAGUCGAAAUCAUGCGCUGGGUGGAGGGCGACGACCCCGCUAAGGACCACCAGCGGUGGGCCCCGCAGUGCCCCUUUCUGAGGCGGCACGCGACCGCCGGCAACGUGCCGCUCGAGAGCCCGAGCGCCGCCGGCCGCGACGAGUGCGGCGUGCGCGCCCCGCCCAGCGCCACGCCCGUGCGCAUGCCCGGCCCCGUGCACCCCCGAUACGCCUCCGAGGCGGCGCGUCUCCGCACCUUCAAAGACUGGCCGCGGUGCAUGCGACAGAAACCAGAGGAGCUGGCGGAGGCCGGCUUCUUCUACACCGGCCACGGCGACAAAACGAAAUGCUUCUACUGCGACGGCGGCCUCAAGGACUGGGAGAACGACGACGUCCCGUGGGAGCAGCACGCGCGCUGGUUCGACCGCUGCGCUUACGUUCAGCUGGUGAAAGGUCGCGACUACGUACAAAAAGUGAUGUCGGAGGCCUGCGCCAUCUCGGCACCCAAAGAACAGAGGGAGUCCACCCUCGCGGCGUCCACCGAUCCCGCAAAGAGUAAAAGCGAAAAAGAGGAGAACGUCGUGGAGGACUCGAAGCUGUGCAAGAUAUGCUACGCGGAGGAGCGCAACGUGUGCUUCGUGCCGUGCGGGCACGUGGUGGCGUGCGCCAAGUGCGCGCUGUCGACGGACAAGUGCCCGAUGUGCCGGCGGACGUUCACGAACGCGGUGCGGCUGUACUUCUCGUGAGUGCACGGUUCUAGUAGUCAGCCGGCGGGCGGCGGGGAUGGUGGCGGCGGCGGCGGUGGCGGCGUGCUGGAACCACGCCCGCACCAUACACACAUACACACAAACACACUGCUACUUCUGUGAUUGAACAUACGUCAAACAAACAGCAGUUGGCCGCGAGCGAGAGUUUGACGAGCAGGAGAGUUCAUUGUACAUGUUGAUAUCAUUUUAAAUUAUUUAUUUCUUUAAAAAGUAUAAUGACAAAUGUAAAUAUUGUAUUGUAAAUAAAUUAGCUUAUCAUUAUGUCCCACCGACACAAAUGAUGGUGUACAUUUUGAAGAUAAUUUAUUGCAAGAAAUAAAUUGACAUGUAAGAUAUAUGAAACUGUUAAUUAUCAAUUUUAUUAUUUUUUAAACUCAACAUAGACAAGGGUUUAUUUUGAAGCCGUUUAUUUUAUAGAGUCGUUUAGUGAGCCGAAAGUUUCAAACAUUCAGUAAAGAUGUAUUCGAUCUAAAAUACACAUUCCUAUGCCUGAUAAUUACCAUGUUACAGUAUGGCACUUUGAAGUAUACUAUUUAGAAGGCAACACUUAAAAUGUAAAUGCUUAAGAAACACCUUAAAAAAAAAAAUUAUUAAAUUUGUAACUUGAAGCUCACAUUUGCAAUGAAAUCUAAGCAGACUUAUAAUUUCUAUCUUUUAAGUUCUGUUUGUAUUUUAUAGCGUACACUCUAUAAAUCCUAAUUUUACCUUCGCCCUGAC